UGCAGGUGACUGGAGAGUGAACCAUUGUAAUAGACUAGUUCAUUUGAGUGCACAAAUGUUGCAAAAAAUAACUCAUUUGACUGUGAGGGACGUGAGAUUUCCUACGUCUUUGGAGCAGCACGGCUCAGAUGCGAUGCACAUGGACCCGGAUUACUCGGCCGCUUACGUGGUUCUGGACACGGACAGUGGGCUGAGAGGUUUCGGGCUCACCUUCACUUUAGGAAAAGGAACAGAGAUCGUGGUGCGUGCCGUCCAGGCUCUAGCAGGACUGGUUGUUGGGAAAUCUUUGCACCACAUUGUGAGCAACUUCCGGGGGUUUUACCGGCUGCUGACGAGUGAUGGCCAAAUGAGAUGGCUGGGUCCAGAGAAAGGCGUGAUCCACUUGGCCACCGCUGCCAUCCUGAAUGCUGUUUGGGACCUGUGGGCUCGGGUGGAGGGCAAGCCUCUGUGGAAGCUGCUGGUCGACAUGGAUCCGAAACAGAUCGUCUCCUGCAUUGACUUCAGAUACAUCACCGAUGUCCUGACAGAGGAGGAAGCUCUUGGCAUACUUGUGAAUGCAAAGGAGGGAAAGCAGCAGAGAGAGGACCUUAUGAUGAACCAGGGUUAUCCUGCCUACACCACCUCCUGUGCGUGGCUGGGAUACUCAGACCAACAGCUCAAACAGCUUUGCACGGAUGCUCUUCAACACGGUUGGACCCGGUUUAAGGUGAAAGUUGGCGCUGACCUAGAGGACGAUAUCCGGAGGUGCCGUCUCAUCAGGCAGAUGAUUGGGCCUAGUAACACAUUGAUGAUUGAUGCCAACCAGAGAUGGGACGUAGCCGAGGCCAUCAGCUGGGUGACCAGACUGGCAGAGGUCAAACCUCUGUGGAUCGAGGAGCCCACUUCUCCGGAUGACAUCCUGGGUCAUGCUGCUAUUUCUAAAGCUUUGGCUCCACUUGGGAUUGGAGUGGCUUCAGGCGAGCAGUGUCACAACAGAGUGAUGUUCAAGCAGUUCCUGCAAGCUUCAGCGCUGCAGUUUGUUCAAAUAGACAGCUGCCGGUUGGGCAGCAUCAAUGAAAACCUGGCUGUGCUGCUGAUGGCCCACAAGUUCAAAGUGCCUGUGUGUCCUCAUGCUGGAGGAGUCGGUCUGUGUGAACUGGUUCAGCACCUCAUCCUGUUUGAUUACAUCUGUGUGUCAGCGGAUCUCAGUGGCCGAAUGUGUGAAUAUGUUGACCAUCUCCAUGAACACUUCACCAGUCCUGCGGUAAUACAAAACGCCCACUAUCUGACCCCGAAGGAUCCAGGUUAUUCCUGUGAGAUGCUGGAGUCAUCAGUGAAGAGACACGAGUACCCGGAAGGAGAUGUUUGGAAACUACAAAUCAACAAAUAAGGACUUUAUUGUCAACAUUUCACAGUUAAAUACUCACUGUAAAUCAUUUCUCUCAAAUCACCAAAGUUUGUCAAAAGGCAAAA